UUUAUGGAACCUUUGAAAAAGGUCCAAGUAGAAGGUUUCUUGAUGUCAGCUGAUGUCCAGGAGCUCUUUGGUAAUUUAGACGAACUGUGCUAUGUGAGUUAUACAUUCUGCAAAGACUUCCUGGCAUCUCUGCUCAAGGACAUGGGGCCCACGUGUUUUGGUAGCACAGCCGCGUUAAUAAGUGCCUUUGAAAGGUUAACCAAACAUUCCAGAAACGGGGAGGUGUAUCACCGGUAUUGUUUGAAUUAUUCCAAUGCCCUAGCGCAUCUUGAGAACGUGCGAAAACAACACGAGGAGUUCGGAGAAUUCGACAAGUGGUGCUCCCAAGACCCUAGGUGUAACAGACUGCAGCUAACAGAUCUCCUGGUGGCACCAAUGCAACAUUGGACAAAAAUGCCUCUCUUGCUCAAAGAGAUAAGAAAGUACACAGAAAAUACAGAGGAAAGGAUGCAGCUCACAGAAUCAAUAGAAGACGUAGAGAAAUCAUUAGAGCAACUUAAUGAUAAAAUGAAGUGGGUCAAAAACUUUGAGCGGGUUUUGGAGAUUCAGCAUCAGAUAGUCUGGCCGUCUAUUUCAGAAACGGACCCAAAGUCAUUUAUUCCCGAGUUUUUGAAAUCUACAUUGAGUCAGCAGCCGUGUGAACGUUUGUUGGCCAGCCCAAAGAGACAUCUCAUGUACGAGGGCCCGGUGACAUUAGUUGAGCAAUCAAAAGGACAAGAGAUGUAUAUUUUCCUCUUCGACGAUAUAUUCCUGCUGACCAAAUUGAAGAAAAGUCAUCGAAAGAAAACGUCAGUGGUUGAUCAGAACCCCAACAACUACAAAGCUGAUGCGUCCCCCGGGACAUACACAGUGUACAGGCAGCCCAUUUCUUUGGACCGGUUCAGUCUGCAUGACGUAGGGCCAGCCGAGGCACAAGCUAAUGGGUUGAAAAACGCCUUCGUAAUAGUGCAAAUAACGAGGUUUCAGCAAAUAGUUGGAAUUUACACAUUCCAAGCUCCAUCAGAGACAGCAAAGGCGGCGUGGCUUGACAACCUCCGAGAAGCCAAAGAAAAAUACAACGGUGACAGAAAUGCGAGCAGGCAUAACUCAUUCAAAGAAAACCUCAACCCAAGCAACACUGGUGCUGUGUCUCAAACACUGACAGUUACGCCACAAUUAGUUCCUGACAGCAGGAACUCUCCCAGACUGGUCAAAAAGAGGAGUGAAAUGAGGCGGAUACACGAACGGUCGCAGACAAUAGAUAUGUCUGGUUAUGGAACGUUGCCAAAGAGUUUUGUCCAACAUAAAACAAAAUCAGUGGAUUCAGUUUAUCUUUAGAAAAUUAUUUAAAGCGACUAUUACUCGGGGAAAUCAAAAUGACUGACACGUUACAGUUAACAAAACAUUUUGGUGAAGAGAUAAUCGUGAUGUGACUUGUGUUCUACGAAAUAAAAAAAAAUACCGUCAUUUUAAAGAAAGAGCUAUCAUAACGUUGAAAGAAAUGUGCUUGCAUCACACGCCUAAAGUCUUAUUUCAAACCAGUGGAUUCUGGUAAUUGGAAUAAUCUAGCGUCAUUUGUUUAGGGCACAUAUUGAUAAAAUUAUCACAAACUGCGCAUGCAGAGCGUCCCGUUUUUACGAAUUAGUUGUACUCAAUGAAGUUUUUUAUUUCAAGUUUGUUGGUGAUGUCAUUUAUACUGCAGACCUUUGUAAACGUAAGAAGUUAUCUUCACGCUGUGCCAUUGAAUCCAAUCUUGUCGCAGCGAUGUGUCAUGCACUGCACUACAAAAAAGCCUGGUCAUACUUACUCGGUAUGCCCUGUAAAUGGAAAUAUGCAACAAAUGGGAGGUGGGGUGGGAGCUUCAUACUGUGAAUAUCCGCAGCUGUUUGUUUCGUAAUAAAGUUCAUAUUGUUGUGCUACGCCUGAGGAGUCUUGUUCAAUGUAUGGACACGAGUGGCUAUCAGCUGAGUGUUCAGAGACAAUUUAGCCCAGGCAACAAACUGCGUAAAUCUUCAUUGCUAAACAUUCUGUACAUAAGG